AUCUGGGGAAAGGCAGGGUACACAGUGCCAUGACCUCCCAAGCCUGUCCUUAGUGGGGGAUGCUAGGGACCAAAUGGAAAAAUGUCUUUUAUAAUAGAUAGCUCUUGUUAUUGGGGGACAUAAUAUAUCAACAUAGUGGAGCUGUGUUUAGCUCCCACUUAUCAGUGAGAACACAUGAUAUUUGAUUUUCUGCUUCUGACUUAGUUUACUUAAGAAGAAUGCCUCAAGCUCCAUUCAUGUUGCUGCAAAGGACAUAAUUUUGUUCAUUUUUAUGGCUGUGUAGUAUUCCAUGGUAUCUAUAUAUUACACUUUCUUUUUCUUUCUCUCUUUUGUUUUGUUGAGAUGGAGUUUUGCUCUUUUGCCCAGGCUGAAGUGCAAUGACACGAUCUCAGCUCCCUGCAACCUCCAGUUCUUGGAUUCAAGCGAUUUCCUGCCUCAGUCUCCCAAGUAACUGGGAUUACAGGCAUGUGCCACCAUGCCCAGCUGAUUUUUGUAUUUUUAGUAGAGACGGAGUUAUGCCAUGUUGGCCAGGCUGGUCUUGAACCCCUGAGCUCAAGUGAUCUACCUGCCUCAGCCUCCCAAAGUGCUGAGAUUACAGGUGUGAGCUCACACACCCAGCCUAUCACAUAUUCUUUAUCCAAUCAGCUUUUGGUGGACACUUAGGUUGGUUCCAUGACUUUAGCUAUUGAGUACAAUGCUCAAUAUUUGGGUGAUGGUUACACUAGAAACCCACCCCUGCCAAUGCACAUGUAUUAAUAAUUUCCAUGUAACAAACAAGCACAUGUGCCCCUGAACCUCAAAUAAAAUUAUCUGGAAAGAAUGUAGUGGAGCCUAACAGAUAUUCAGUUCAUUCCGGACCUACCUGGUGACUACUGAAGCCACCUGAAUCGCUCUUGGGUUUAUCUGGGAAUGCCAGGUAAAGUUAUCAAGACAGGGAAACAGAGUGUACAUGAUUCCACCCACCCCUGUCUCCUGCUCAAAGACACAAACACACUCAGCCCCAUUUCCUUCCUGCAGGAUGUCCCCUGCCUUUUAUCACUAGCGUAGUCCAGGGAUGCUGGCUCCUGGCAACAGAUGGGGUGAGGGGUGAUGGUGGACAGGGCACAGACCACCAUAUUGACCAAGGGUGGGCGUCUUGAGAUGGUGUCUGCCAGCACCUCCCCCUUGCCGGCGCCCUCUGAUGGUCUUCACAGGAAGUGGUAGCAACGUAGUUCCCAGGCAGCAACAGUGAGGGAGGGGCAGCAGGUGUGGAUUGGGGUACUUGCAUUUCACCAUUUAGACUCUUCCAAGUAUGCAACUGUCAUGCAAGUCAAGGGGUAAUAAUGCUUUGUUUUAGUUGGAACUUUCCCAAGAACUAUUCAUGUUUCGGGAAAAGCGCUUCACUAAUGUCAAUACCCCAGUGGCAUUUGAGUCUCCCACACAACAGGCCAUUGGCAAUUAGCAUUUGUAGCUCUGGCCUUACAGCGAUUAAGAAAUUGACCACUUCCUUAUGAUUUCUGGUUGUAGUUGCAUUAUCUGCAACAUUUGUGUAUUGUAUGUUAUUUGCUGACAGAUUACUUUCCUGCUAUCUUUCCUAUCUUUUGUUUACAUAACAGAAUUGUGCUAAUAUGUUUUAAAUAAUAUGUGUAAGCAGCUUGCAUUAUCCAUGAAUUUUAUUUGAGGACAGUAAAGGGUAUUUUUAAGUACUUGUUAGAGCCAGGAAUGGUAGAAUGCCUGAAGUCCCAACUACUCGAGAGGCUGAGGCCUGAGGAUUGCUUGAGUCUGGGAGUUUGGGGCCAGCCUGGGCAACAUGGAAAGACCCCAUCUCAAAAAAUUGAAAAAUUAGAAUAUUUCUUGGAAGAAAGGCCACUAACUCUAAAAGGAUUAAAAGUCAUUGAUCAUUCUAAGGCUCAUGGGAAAGGCACUGCGGGAGGAAAAACAAAUCUAAGUCAGAGUUGGGUGAAAUGGAUGGUGGUUCUCCCUGAAGAUUGUUUUAUGACCAUCAGACUUCCCGGAUUUGGCAAUUACAUCAAUGAGCAAAAUGCUCACUCGAAGGUACCCAAAGUGCAGAACGUGCAAUGGUAGCAUCACCACAUAACUCAAGCUCCUAUUCCAUAGCUUCUGAUUUCAGAUUGGCUCUAAGAGCUUCGUCUAGAGCUCAGGCCUUCAUUCUCUAAACCACUCUGAAAGUCAUGGAAAUCUUUAAACCCUGUGUGUCUGUUACAGACGGAAAAGAGCCAUUAAAAAAACAUCUGUAAGGCUGGGCAUGCCUAUAAUCCCAGCACUUUGGGAGGCUGAAGUGGGUGGAUCACCUGAGGUCAGGAGUUCGAGACCAACCCCACCAACCCAACCCUGUCUCUACUAAAAAUGCAAAAAUUAGCCAGAUGUGGUGGUGUACACCACACAACCUCUGCUACUGUAACCUCUGCUACUCGGGAGGCUGAGGCAGGAGAAUCACUUGAACCUGGGAGGUGGAGGUUGCAGUGAGCUGAGAUCAUACCAUUGUACUCCAGCCUGGGCAACAAGAACAAAACAUCUUAAAAAAAAAAAAAAAAGUCUGUGAAAGAUUCAGGAGGAUGCAAUAAGGAUUAUUGUCUUCACAAUGUGCAUUUGAACCCUAGAACACAAGUGCCUUAGAAAGUCCACGUGGUGAAGCCCAGGCGAUCAUUCCUGGCACAUUCCAAUUGCACACUUCUGGUGGUGACCUCAGAAUCCCUCCAAGCCCCUUCCUUGUACUCCAGAUGGUACUGUAAGUGACAGAUGGCAAGACUGAGAAAAGAUGAGUUAUUAUGUUUCACCCCGUCAUAAGUUCAGGGUACUUCUGGGUGUGCCUGACACUCAUUUCACUGCCUGUGAGUUUUGAACGUCUUGAAAUUCAUCCUUGUGAAUGGUCAGGGGUUGUGGGUGCAGGAGGCAGGGACUGCAGUGGGGUGGGGGAUGGAUGUAGAGGAAUAGAGGCUCUGUACUUGUUGGAGAGGUUGUCAAAAUGGAAAAUGCAGCCCCAGUGGGAAAGACAAGCUUGGUUGUAUAAGCCAUCUACACAAACAUGGAAGAAUAAGGACAGACACUAGGAGUGUAGUCUUCUGAGAACCACUGCCUGAUUCCAGGCCAGUGCCAGGCUGCCAGGGGCCCUACAGAAGCAAACCUUUAAAUUAACAUGUUUGUUUUCUAAGAGACGACUAGAGCGGACAGGCCAGCCUUUAACUAGACCCAGACAGGCAGCUUGCUGUCUAUAUAGCCAUCAAGAGGGCUUGUUUUACUUAAACAAGGCAAAUGUCUUUAAAAUCCUCUCUUUCUAGUUUUAAGGUAAGGCAGAAGCUUGACAGACAAGUACAUCAAUAGGACAUGAAUAUCCAUUGCAUUUACACAUAUCAUUGAGAGUUCUCUUUGCCAUCUUUACGGAGAUAUCACUGACAAAAAUUGUAUGCAUUUAAGGUGUACAAUUUAAUGUUCUUGUGCAGGUGUUGUGAAAUAAUCGCCAGGAUCACACUAAUUAACAAAGCUAUCACCUCAUAUAGUUACCAUUUUCUUUUUUGCUUUCUUUUUUUAGAAAACACUUUAUAAUGAGAACGGUUAAGAUCUAUCCUCUUAACAAGUUUCAAGUAUACAAUACAGCAUUGCUAACUCAGUCACAUGGCUGUGCAUUGGGUCCCCAGAACUUAUUCAGCUACUCCUGCGUAACUGAAACUUUGUACCCCUUCAUCAGUAUCUCCCCACUGCCCCCUCCCCCAGCUCCUGACAAUCACAUUCUACCCUGUUCCUCUGUGAGUUUGACUAUUUUAGCUCCUACACAGAAGUGAGAUGAGUCAGUGUGUGUUUUUCUGUGUCUGGCAUUUUUCACUUAGCAUAAUAUCCUCCAGGUUUGGGAAAAAGACAAUCUCUUCGAUAAAUAUUGUUGUAAAAAACUCGAUAUCCACAUGCAGAAGAAUGAAAUUGGACCUUUGUCUCACAGCAAACAAAAAUCAGCUCAAAAGAGAUUGAAAACAAACAUGUAGUGGUUUCAAAAAACCACCAUAGACUGGAUCCGUAGGACUAAUCAAAACAAAAGCUGGUGGUUUUGCUUUUUAAAAAUAUCUCAGUACUUAUUUAAUAAUUGGACCAAGUCUCUACUUAGAUUUACUAUUGCAGGCACUAAAAUAGGUACCAAGGUAUUUUGCCACUGAUUCCAAUCCACUGUGUGAUGGGCUGAUGUCUUGCCCAACCCUGAUCUUCAGAUAUGUAGUCUUGCUGAGUAGGAAACUACUGCUCUAGGGUGGACACGAAUAUGGUUCAAGAAACACAUUUUGUAUAUGCGGUUGCCUACUGCUUUGGGCUUACACAUGGUUGUCCUUAAUAGAGAUUGGCUGAUAUGAACUGAACUAAUCUAGUUGAACCGAGAACCUCACCGUUGCGGAGCACUCAUGCAUUUGAAGCAGAUAAUUCAUUUUCAGGGCUGCAGAAAUCUGUAAUACUCUCUAGAAGAAUGAUCUGCCCACCGUUUUCCUAGGGAGAAGGAUUAAGGAGAAACCAGCUUCAUGCCUGUACAGAGAAUUCAGCCAAUGCCCACCCCUCCCCCAAGACUUCUAUUUUGUUUGAGUCUUGUCACCAAAACGUUAAGCCUGCUGGGGAAGAUGUUCCUUAGAAAUGGGAGAAGGAGAUGGGCAUCUGAAGUUCAAACAGAAAGAAAUUUAACAGUUCUGAAUUUAAAAACAUACCCACAAGUGUUGUUUUUUUAAAUGCACAGAACAGAUGCUGGUGUUUGCCUACCAUGUAGAAUGUGUCGCUGAUUAAUUGUUCUCAACUGGACAGCCUCAGCAGGGUGGCUCAUGCCAGAUCAUUCUUAGCUGGCCACCAAGCUUUGAUCAAUGGUUAAAGUGUAUGUUUUUCCAACAGAGAUUUAUACCAUCAAAGGAUGUGUAUAAAUGGUAGAAGGAUCCUGGGCUGUAGCACUGAGACCUUGGCUGUCAGCUCUUCAAACCCAGGGCUCCCUGGGCUCAACCCUAGGAUCCAUCACUGCUCUGUUGUCCCUGCCACUUAGUGCUGCAAAUCGCAACCUUGGGAGGUAUCCCAUGUAUCUCCCUCGUUCCCACUCAUUGCCUUUCCCAUAGGUUAGAAGUAUUAAUAUUGAUACAAGCAUGCAAUACGUAAUAAUCACAUCAUGGAAAAUGGAAGUAUCCAUCCCUGAAGCAUUUAUCCUUUCAAAGUCAAGUUCACUUAGUCCCUCUCCUUAUGAGUUAAAUCUAAACAAAAUGUUUUUAAUAUCUGGAUUUUCCUAAGAGACAUAGUAUUUGUUUAUUUCAUCAACCCUCUUCCCGAGGUGGACAAGGGAUCAGAGCAUGGAGAACAGUUCAUGUUUCUCACUUAGGGCAGUAGCCCCUUCUCCCCCUUUAUCAGUGAUGCUCCUCAUCCCCAAGUCCCAGAGUGAAUCCCCUGAUAAGGAAGUGUGUGCUACAUUCAUAUUUCCCAAGAAAAGAUAGCGUAAGAUUACAUCACACACAUCAGGCCUCCUCUUUUCUAGAUGGUAAAAAUUUGAAGCAGAAACUGUAUCUUAAUCGUCUUUGUAGGCACCUACCUAUGCCAAUAUAUGGCCCAAUUAGUAAAUAAAUAUUCGUACAAAGGAUACACUAAUGAAUGAACAAAUGAAUGUUCAGAUUUGAUGUAAGCAUCAAUAAAAUGUCCCCAUAAUUAUCAAAAAAUAUAUAUUGGGUAGUUAGAAUAUAGUUGCUAAGAAAACAUCUGCAAUCAAUCUGCCCAAGCCAGCCUUCGCCAUGUUCUCAUAUACUGGUAAGUGCUGACACCAGUGAACUUGCUGUAUGAAUGUAUCUCCAACAGUUUCUCUGUCUUAACACUGGCAUGGUUCUACUUCCUCCCUGGUACCCAAUGACUCCAAGUGGCUUGCGUCAUUCACUAAAAUCCAAAUUCAUGAUUAAGGUCUCUUUGGGGUGACAUCCGCAUACACUAAUUUUCUGUGCAGUCUUCAGGCUAACCCCCUUCUGGUCGAUUUCUCUCCUUUGGAAACUGUUAAAGUGAUGUUUGUUCAAAGAACAGGAUGUUCUGAAUAUGUUCUUCCUAGAGCUCCAGUGCUAGAGUACAAACCACAUACACUGCCCAAAUCAUGCAAAGUUUCUUAUCCCUAAAGUUUACUGUUUAUAUUCUAAGAGAAGCCAAUGCAUUAACUGUUUCUGGUUUUGUUUUGAUUGUUUUUGGGUUUUGUGAUGGAGUUUCGCUCUUGUUGCCCAGGCUGGAGUGCAAUGGCUUGAGCUCGGCUCGCUGCAACCCCCGCCUCCCAGGUUCAAGCGAUUCUCCUGUCUCAGCCUCCCGAGUAGCUGGGAUUACAGGCGCGUGCCACCACCCCUGGUUAAUUUUUGUAUUUCUAGUAGAGAUGGGGUUUCAUCUUAUUGGUCAGGCUGGUCUCAAACUCCUGACCUCAGGUGAUCCGCCCGCCUUGGCAUCCCAAAAUGCUGAGAUUACAGGCAUGAGCCACCACACACAGCCACAUUGACGGUUUUUAAAGCCCCCCACAAAAAGUGUGUUAGAAAAUAGUCACCUAAAGUCAUGGCUGAGACUGGGAGACUCAGCUGUCUCUUGGCAACUGCCUUAAAUGAGAAACAUUAGCUCUUCGCCACGGUCUGAUCCCUUGUCCAUUCCAGGAACCGGGGAGGGGAGUUGAUGAAAUAAACUAGUAGUAUAUCUCUUACGAAAUUCCGGCUACUAAAACCAUUUUGUCCAAAUUUAAUUUGUAAGGAAAGGGGCCAAGAGAACUUGAUUGUCAAAGGAUAAGUACUUGAAGGGAUGGAUAACCCCAUUUUCCAUGAUGUGAUUAUUACACAUUGCAUGCCUGGAUCAAAAUAUCUCAUGUAACCCAUAAAUACAUGCACCUACUAUGCACCCACAAAACUUAAAAAUAAACUUUUUUUUGAAAAAAAGAAAACUUGAUGUUGAACACUCCCCUGAGAUUGCUGGGAACUAGAACAAUGUUGCACCCAUGUAGAUACACACCCUCCCCGACAGUCUCCUGGUGAUAGGGCCCCUCGUGGGCAUCAGGCUCUUUUGCUUAGUGCGAGAAAGCACUUGGCUUUUUGAGGGCCUUCAGCGUAGCAAUAGUUUUAACAAAAGGUGGCAAGUAUGUAGCAAGAAGUUCUCUUGUGUUGAGACUUUAUGGCUGAUGUACUGCAGCUGGUUAUUGAAUCAAUUUCAGACAUUGCAAACCCCUGAGCCCCUCGGAAGGUCUGUAGCUCAGUUGGCCCAUCAGGGAAAUAGAUUUUCUGUACAUUCUUGGCUAUUGAAGACAUUCAUCACAGCACUGCCCGCCCCUUCCUGGUGCGGUUCCUAACAAGAGACACCUGCUGUGGGACCCGCUCUAAUUCUUCCAUUAGAGACCUAAAAACAAAAUAGAAACCAUUACUCGAAGAACAUGCAUGUACCAUUUAGGACCAACUGUCAAGCUAAAUGCAUCAGACAGAUUCCAAAUCUGCUUUUAAAAUAAUACAGUGCUUUUUAUUCAUUUCUUUAUCUUUGCCCUUAAUUUUAUGGUAGCUUUGUUUAAGCGUUAAAUGUUGAAUUAAGUCUGUGUCUCUCCUCUGGGAAAAGGAAAAUUCACAGAGAGAUACUAAAAUGGAGAGUUUUAACUGUUCAUGGCCGAGAGAGCUCUGACAUCCCGAGAAGGGAGUUCUACUGUGAAGCAGAAACUCUAUUUCCCUUCCGAUCUCAUCGGGGCCACCUUCUUAGACAUGAUCCUUGAGUGUUGAGUGAUCACACUCUUUGCAAUCAGGAGACUAGAGUUUAAUAGCACGUGUUUAGGGAACUGAGAGGACAGAACUGGGGACUGGCUUGCUAGACCAAGGCUGCUUAUGUUACUACAGUCACAGCAAGGAUGGCCGUUAGUGUCUUGACAACCAAGUGUCCCUGAGAGAUUUUCUCAGUCCUGAAAAACUGUCCGAAGCAGUAUCUUGCUUAGGAUGUAUGAUUUCAGCCGUGAAAAGGGAAGAGAGUCUGACACAUGGUACACCGUGGAUGAACCUUGAGGACAUUAUGCUAAGUGAAAUAAGCCAGUCACCAAAAAGACAAACACAGGGUGAUCUCACUUAUACGAGAUCCCUAGAGACAGAAAAUAGAAUGGUGACAGCCAGGUGGCUGUGGGAGGGGGAAAUGGAGUUGUUGUUUCGUUGUUACAGUGUUUCCGUUUUGCAAAAUGAAAAGAGUUCUGGAGGUGAAUGCUGAUGUAAUCAUAACUAUCCUUAAGGCCCCCAAAUUUUUCUUAGACAAUAGCCAUGUAAAGUCACUGUUGAGAUUGGGAGACUGCCUUAAAUAAGAAACACUAACUGUUAUCCAGGGUCUGAGCCCUUGUCGAUCUCAGGAAGAGCAUUGAUGAAAUAAACAAGUCUAUCUUGUUUAUAACAGUACAAGGCGAACCAAGUACAAGGUGAAUGCACACUUAGAAAUAGUUAAGAUGGCACAUUUUAUGUGACGUAUAUUUUACCACAAUUUCCGAACAUUUUUAAGUUAUUUGUUUUAAAAAAGCAAACUUUGGAAGCAGAAAAGGAGAAACUGCAUUUGCAAGAUUUCGUGGCUGUUCUGUAACUGGCAGAAGCUUGAGGAGUUGACACGAGAUAUUAAUUUCCUUGAUGUUUAUCAGCUCUCACAGCAGAGGGGGUGCGGAGGAUGGAGAAGGAAGAGAGUAUGAGGAAUCUAAUAAUAUUCCGAGGAAAAAUGUAGUACCCCCACAACUUUCGUUUCCUUGAGUUUCACAAGACUAUGUGCUUUUCACUCAUCGUGUACAAAACAAGGUCUGAUACGUUCUCCACAAAGAACUAUUGAUGGCAUGUCUGUGUGAAUUGCCCUAGCAUUGGUCACAGCCAACUUCUGUGGGACCCACUGCCCCCGUUCGACAAUACGCUCCAGUGUGUGUAGCCAUUUAUGAAAGGUCAGAAAUCAACUGAGAAAUGGGCUAGAGUCAAAAACAUGUGGCCCUAUAAAUAUCAGACUCAGACGGUCUAUUCCAUUUUCCCCACUCUUGCUUUCACUCCUUCUCACUUCUUUCUCUUUCCCUCACUGGUGAGGUUCUCUGCACUUGGCCAGUGCCUUGGACUGUGAAGUUAUACAAAGAAGGCAGUGGCUGAAGUCUUCAUCUGGGGACCUCACUUUAUGCCCCGUCUGGUCCCAUAGCACCAUUAUUAGCAUUUGGUGUUAUUUUGUUUGUUUGUUUAAACCCUUUCGCAGUUUCUGACUACGAAGCUCCAAGAUGCAGUCCAGCCUGCGACGUUCUGCUUUCUUUUAAGGGCUUCUACUUCCCAUUAGUGCCAACCCUGCCCUGUAAACAAAUUUGACGCUGACUGUGUUUCCUGAGCUGGAGAGUUUAUAGGGCUGGUCUGUCAGCGGGGACUGGGAGCAAAUCGGGACAUCCAUCAUGACACUGGCUGCCAGGCUGGAAGACUUUGAGGUGACACUGGAACACCUGCUCAUGGACGUAUUUAUGACGGAGGGCCGCCGAUGCCAAGUACAUCUUCUUGAUGACAGGAAGCUAGAACUCCUAGUACAGCCCAAGCUGUUGGCCAAGGAGCUUCUUGACCUCGUGGCUUCUCACUUUAAUCUGAAGGAAAAGGAGUACUUUGGAAUCGCGUUCACGGAUGAAACGGGACACUUAAACUGGCUUCAACUAGAUCGAAGAGUACUGGAACACGACUUUCCUAAAAAGUCAGGACCCGUGGUUCUAUACUUUUGUGUCAGGUUCUAUAUAGAAAGCAUUUCGUACCUGAAGGAUAAUGCUACCAUUGAGCUUUUCUUUCUGAACGCGAAGUCCUGCAUCUACAAGGAGCUCAUUGACGUUGACAGUGAAGUGGUGUUUGAAUUAGCCUCCUAUAUUUUACAGGAGGCCAAGGGAGAUUUUUCUAGCAAUGAAGUCGUGAGGAGUGACUUGAAGAAGCUGCCAGCCCUGCCCACCCAAGCCCUGAAGGAGCACCCUUCCCUGGCCUACUGCGAAGACAGAGUCAUUGAGCACUACAAGAAACUGAACGGUCAGACACGAGGUCAAGCGAUCGUGAACUACAUGAGCAUCGUGGAAUCUCUCCCAACCUAUGGGGUUCACUAUUAUGCAGUGAAGGACAAGCAGGGCAUACCAUGGUGGCUGGGCCUGAGCUACAAAGGGAUCUUCCAGUAUGACUACCAUGAUAAAGUGAAGCCAAGGAAGAUAUUCCAAUGGAGACAGUUGGAAAACCUGUAUUUCAGAGAAAAGAAGUUUUCCGUGGAAGUUCAUGACCCACGCAGGGCUUCAGUGACAAGGAGGACGUUUGGGCACAGUGGCAUCGCGGUGCACACAUGGUAUGCAUGUCCUGCAUUGAUCAAGUCCAUCUGGGCUAUGGCCAUAAGCCAACACCAGUUCUAUCUGGACAGAAAGCAGAGUAAGUCCAAAAUCCAUGCGGCACGCAGUCUGAGUGAGAUCGCCAUCGACCUGACCGAGACGGGGACGCUGAAGACCUCCAAGCUGGCCAACAUGGGCAGCAAGGGGAAGAUUAUCAGUGGCAGCAGUGGCAGCUUGCUGUCCUCAGUAGAGAGGUGGUCUCACUAUGUUGGCCAGGCUGGUCUCGAACUCCUGUCCUCAAGCAGUCCUCCCACCUCGGCCUCCCAACGUGCUGGGAUUACAGGUUCUCAGGAAUCAGAUAGCUCGCAGUCAGCCAAGAAGGACAUGCUGGCUGCCUUGAAGUCCAGGCAGGAAGCUCUGGAGGAAACCCUGCGUCAGAGGCUGGAGGAACUGAAGAAGCUGUGUCUCCGAGAAGCUGAGCUCACCGGCAAGCUGCCAGUCGAAUAUCCCCUGGAUCCAGGGGAGGAACCACCCAUUGUCCGGAGAAGAAUAGGAACGGCAUUCAAGCUGGAUGAACAGAAAAUCCUGCCCAAAGGAGAGGAAGCUGAGCUGGAACGCCUGGAACGAGAGUUUGCCAUUCAGUCCCAGAUCACAGAGGCUGCCCGCCGCCUAGCCAGUGAUCCCAAUGUCAGCAAAAAACUGAAGAAACAAAGAAAAACCUCGUAUCUGAAUGCACUGAAGAAACUGCAGGAGAUUGAAAAUGCAAUCAAUGAAAAUCGUAUCAAGUCUGGGAAGAAACCCACCCAGAGGGCUUCACUGAUAAUAGAAGAUGGAAACAUUGCCAGUGAAGACAGCUCCCUCUCAGAUGCCCUUGUUCUUGAGGAUGAAGACUCUCAGGUUACCAGCACAAUAUCCCCCCUACAUUCUCCUCACAAGGGACUCCCUCCUCGGCCACCCUCGCACAACAGGCCCCCUCCUCCUCAGUCCCUGGAGGGACUCCGGCAGAUGCACUAUCACCGCAACGACUAUGACAAGUCCCCCAUCAAGCCCAAGAUGUGGAGUGAGUCCUCUUUAGAUGAGCCCUAUGAGAAGGUCAAGAAACGCUCCUCUCACGGCCAUUCCAGCAGCCACAAGCGCUUCCCCAGCACAGGAAGCUGUGCAGAAGCAGGCGGAGGAAGCAACUCCUUGCAGAACAGCCCCAUCCGCGGCCUCCCGCACUGGAACUCUCAGUCCAGCAUGCCGUCCACGCCAGACCUGCGGGUCCGGAGUCCCCACUACGUCCAUUCCACAAGGUCGGUGGACAUCAGCCCCACGCGACUGCACAGCCUCGCACUGCACUUUAGGCACCGAAGCUCCAGCCUGGAGUCCCAGGGCAAGCUCCUGGGCUCGGAGAACGACACCGGGAGCCCCGACUUCUAUACCCCGCGGACUCGUAGCAGCAACGGCUCGGACCCCAUGGACGACUGCUCGUCGUGCACCAGCCACUCGAGCUCGGAGCACUACUACCCAGCGCAGAUGAACGCCAACUACUCCACGCUGGCCGAGGACUCGCCGUCCAAGGCGCGCCAGCGGCAGCGGCAGCGGCAGCGGGCAGCGGGCGCGCUGGGCUCAGCCAGCUCGGGCAGCAUGCCCAACCUGGCUGCACGCGGGGGCGUGGGGGGCGCAGGGGGCACAGGCGGCGGCGUGUACCUGCACAGCCAGAGCCAGCCCAGCUCGCAGUACCGCAUCAAGGAGUACCCGCUGUACAUCGAGGGUGGCGCCACGCCCGUGGUGGUGCGCAGCCUGGAGAGUGACCAGGAGGGCCACUACAGUGUCAAGGCCCAGUUCAAGACCUCCAACUCCUACACGGCGGGUGGCCUGUUCAAGGAGAGCUGGCGCGGUGGUGGCAGCGGCGGUGACGAGGGCGACACGGGCCGCCUGACGCCAUCGCGAUCUCAGAUCCUGCGGACUCCAUCACUGGGCCGCGAGGGCUCCCACGACAAGGGCGCGGGUCGCGCCGCGGUGUCGGACGAGCUGCGCCAGUGGUACCAGCGUUCCACCGCUUCACACAAGGAGCACAGCCGCCUGUCGCACACCAGCUCCACCUCCUCGGACAGCGGCUCGCAGUACAGCACCUCCUCCCAGAGCACCUUUGUGGCGCACAGCAGGGUCACCAGGAUGCCUCAGAUGUGCAAGGCCACGUCAGCUGCCUUACCUCAAAGCCAGAGAAGUUCAACACCCUCAAGUGAAAUUGGAGCCACCCCCCCAAGUAGCCCCCACCACAUCCUAACCUGGCAGACUGGGAGCUACAAUGAUAGCUGUUUCCUGGAUUCCUCCCUCUAUCCAGAACUAGCUGACGUCCAGUGGUACGGGCAGGAAAAAGCCAAGCCUGGAACCCUCGUGUGAGCCAGCCCGGCCUAAUCUGACCGCCUCAACGCCAUUCUGAGAUCACCUCACUGCCUCUCAUUUGCCUUACCCAGACGCACCGUCACCCUGCACCAGCUUCGGCCCUCAGCACUUUUUUUCUCCUGUCUCCACAUUCCCUCUCCUUUGAAAACCUGACUGAGGAGACAUUCUGGAAGGUUCCGGUCCCACUGUGUGUCCCCUGGCUCUCUUGCCCAUAGAGAGCCAGACACCAAUCCUCAAUGGCACCUUGGUGGCUUCCCCCUGCCAUGACAGCCCCUAGGCCAGGAAUUGUCAAGGGGGCCGGCUGGCAUCCAAUUCCUGCGGACAAGUAGUGUUGGGAGAAAACCGGAAAGGGGACUUAAGUUACAGGGUGACCCAGAAAGACGACUCAGCUGUGUCCAGCCUGCCACCCACAGGCCAACCAAGCACUGCACCAAGAGGAGGCCUUGUGGCAUAUUCAGUUUACACCUGAAGUAUUCCUUGAUGAGACAGUUUGUGGGGAGUGGCUGUGGGGGAGGGGAGGAUAAGAAAGCAAGCUCUCGACACCAGAGAUGCAUCGGAGGACCACGAUCAGUUCUGUGCUGCCAAAGAUUAACAAAAACAUAAAAAAUUAAGAGGGGCCAAGAGGAAGACAGUCUUUCUGCAAGGAAAUUGCUUUUAAAUUCUGAACUGCUACUACACACAAGUGAAAGUCAACCCCGUGUACAGUGGUGUCCUCUCUCCAGCCUUCUCCCUUCAUGCUCCACGUCUCUCUCCGUAGAAAGCCUGAGAAACUAACCCAAUGCAACGGUGAAGACGAGGGAGUCUGGGCUGGCAUUGCUCACUCACAGUUGCCAUCCAUCUGGACAUGAAGAGAGACCCGCAGGAGUCGUGGAGGGUACUGUUAGCCCCAGUCCAAGCAGGGGAUUCAGCCAAGCCCAAGACUCAAAGCUGCUUUCCUUUCAGGACCUGUAGUAAACGUAAGGUGAUAAUGGCCAAAAGUGGUUCUCUCUCAUUAAAACCACCAGUAAAAGCGUAUCCUGUUUUUUUUUUGCACAAGGUGUUUCAUUUUCUUUUUUAUGGGAAACCAAGGGAAAAGCACAUUGCGAUCCAUUCAGUGUUUAACUGUCGUGGCUCAUUUUCUGUUUGUUAGCACUUGUGUGACAAAAGAGCUCAGAUCCGACUUCUCCUGUGUGUCACUUACUCCAAGAACCCAACGAUGCCCUUAGGUAGAAGAUUUGACUCAUGUGUCUACUAGCCAACAGUCAGAGCAGGGGUGAAAAAAAAAAUAGCAGCUCCCAAAGGGCCUGUGUAUCUAUAUCAUCAGUUCCUGUCAUGCACCACAGUUGUGUGCAGACAGUGAAAGAGGAGGAAAGAGGAAGAAAAAUUAACGUGUGGGAGCUGCAUGUUUACAUGUGUUUUGAGCUAUGCUUCAAACACAACUGGAAAGCCAUCAAUCUUCAAAAGCCUCAAAAAUACUUUUAUAAUAACCUUAGUUGGGUUAUUCAAGAUGGCACAGAAAGGUUUCCGCAGAGGUGGUAUGCUGUGCUUUUGGCGCAAGUGGUGGGGGGUGGGGGGGUGGUAUUUUUUUCUCUGAUGACUUCCUAUUGGAAAGGCAUUUGACAGCCAGGGACAGGAGCCAGGGUGGGGGUAGUUUUGUGGGAAAGCAGAACUGAAGUUAGCUUUAACAUCAAAGGAACAGAAAAAUCUUCGUUUUUCAUGUAUGUGGAAUCCAAGAAUAACCAUAGGCUCUACCAGACCAGGAGGGUAAGGAAGGACAUUAAAAUAAAUACUCACAGUGUUCCUCUGCUGCAGCCUGGAGACCACUGAGAGUCGGGCUGGGGCACACACACCUGGCUGGGGCCUGCCCAGGAAAAGGCAGGCUGUGGCCUCCUCCACCAAGUCUCUGUAGAUGAUUCAGGGCCUGCUUUUCCCAGCUCCAUGCAUGGCUGGACUGGUGAUUGCAGCUUGCAGAAGGGAUCAGUAUUCCCAGGACACUUUUGGUGUCCACCUGCAGAAUAAACAGAAACCGGUUACAUCAUUAAAUGAUUCUAGGGAUUCACUGGGGGAUAUUUUUGCUGCUUUUAUUGUCAUGGUCAGAGCUACAAAGAGCAGGGAUUUUUCUCCCUUUCGCAUUCAGAAACAUUAUACAUUGGGCCAUUUUUCUUUCUCUCAAAGAAGAUGCAUGCAUAAUCAGACUGAACUGUGUGCAAGAGGAAAAGUCAACAGGGUAACAAAGUGAUGAGGCUGCAUGUUACAGGUUCUACACCAUGCACAGUAGUGUGAAAUCUAGUCUGGAGAAAACUGCAUCAAGAUUCUAUCCCAGCUGAGAAGCAAGGAAUGGUAGGCAAAAAGCCUAAAAACUCGGGUUAUGUUUUCAAUUUGGGGGACAGAGAAAAAGCGAGUGGGAGCAGGAAUUACAGUUUCAGCAAACAUCAUGAUAGUCUGGUAGUGAAGACAGAGAUUAAGUAAAACAGGUUUUACUGUUUAGCUGAGUUCAGUUGAUACAAAAUGUACAUAAAGCGUUAGUCCUUUGAGGCUGACAUGAUUAAUGAUCAGUGUGGUGGGAAACGAUGUAGUUAUUGUACACGAGCACUUGCAAACUCUUUAUAUAUCCCUAUUUCUUUAAAACAAAAUAAGGUGAAAUGCAAAGUCCCUGGUCUGACAUAAAGCCCCUACUGGAUUCUUCAGAUGAGUAUAAGAAAUUGCCUAUUUCAGCCAGAAGACUGGUGGAAACACAUACAUCAGACUAUGUUGUGAGCCAGGUUGAUUUUUUAUUUUAUUAUAUGCAGGUGAGUGUUGAAUCUGUUAAAAUUCCAAUUUGUUUUCAUUAUUAGUUUAGUUCUAAAUAUAGCAAACCCAUCCAGGUGCUAUCAGACGACCAGUUACUGCUUAGUUAACUAGGUGUAAGGUUUUACAUAUACAUUCAUGUCAAUAGUUUAUUACGAGUUGUGUAAAAUGGACUCUAGUUUAAUAAUGGGGGGAAAAAGAUUAGGUUGCUCCUGAAACUGACUGUAGAGCAUGUAAAAUGAUUUUACUGGAUUCUGUUCAACUGUAAUCAAUUAAAAAGAUGUACGUUGUAGACAAAGUUGCAGAAUUAAAAAAGAAAUCUGCUUUUAAUUUAUUCUUUUUGUAUUAAGAAUUUGUAUAGUACCUUUACAUUUUGCAAAACAGUGUUGUCAACACUUAUUAAAGCAUUUUCAAAAUGAAAAGA